AUCUUGGGCUUAGUGCUAGUGGGUCAAGCGUAAGGACACACCACCACGAACUCCACAGAGCGGGGCAGCGGCACUCGAAGCAAUAUGCCUGAGACUCCACGAGGAGACUAGGAACAUCCUUUCAUUCUUCAAAGUUCCCAUCUGGGCAUGAAUUGUUUGGGUAGAUUCGUAUCUUGAUGACAUCGGUGGUUUUGAUCUCCGAUGAUCAUUGUCCCUCUCGGGGUCCGCCGAAUUGUUUUAAUCCUGGUAACUUGCAUCCAUCUGAGUCUGGGUACAUUACAAUUUGGAGAUUGGGGGGGGGGAAUAUGCCAGAUCAAGCAUAGUUCUCUUGCUUGCCCAUUGUAUCACCAAUCGAGAUUGCCAUGUGCUUUGCGGAACCUCUAUACCAGAUGGGUACGUGGUACUAACCGCUUUCUUCCCCUCAUCCCCGAUUCAGGACUACCCUUUCUCCCCUCACCAGUUCCAGCAACCCACAGGUGCACUGUCUACAUGAGAUUAUAUGGGACCCAAGCAAACUCAGUUCUGACUAUCAUCAAUGAACCAUGGUGUGACAAGCCGUCGACCAUGUGGCUGUCCGUCCGCCCGCCCGCCCGUUUAUUGUUUGUUUGUUGCCCGUUGCCCGUUCGGAGAUUGAUUGAUUCUGGACGAGGUAUCAUCAACAUGGAACCGGUCCCGACCACCGACCGACCCCCGACCUGCUCUCUCUUUCCUCUCUCUUUUUCGCCAUUCAGUGCUCCACGAGGGAGAACAACUAGGUUCCGGACAGACGACAGGCCAUCGCAGCCCCCUCGAGGAGCAAGGUAUUCUGAGCCGGGUCGUGGCAAAAGACAUAGACGGCUUGCUUUGCCGUCCAGUCUGGGCUCCUCCCAGGCUCGAAGGAUGCGCAUUUCGAUCGUCGUUUCUCGCGUCCGACAGUGGGCGGGUGGCCUCCUACCUGCAGGAUAUCCCUGGUGGUACACCACGCGACGCAGCCCAUAAUGUUCCGAGUCGCAUAAGUCGCAUAAAGUCGCAUACCAAAGUCUCGUCCCUCUACUCCGUACUUUGUGGGAUUUGAGAUAGAUGACACUAUAGAGAAGGCGAGCACUUAAGAAAAGAGCAGAGCUCAUGGCAAGCUGGAGAAUACUGA